AUGAAUGGAUACACGGAUCAGCACCCCAGCCAACAAAGGCAAGCCAUGCCCGAUGUUGAGACAGUGCGACGUAAUUACCACGCCGCACUUUCUGAAUUGACCUUCAACAGCAAGCCCAUCAUUACCAAUCUCACCAUCUUGGCUCAAGAAAAUCAACACGCCGCCAGUGUUAUUGUUCGCGAAAUUGAACAACAAAUCAGAAACAAUGCGCCCGGCCAGAAGCUACCGAUUCUGUAUUUGAUUGACUCCAUUUGUAAGAAUGUAGGAGGAGUCUACAUUAGCCAUUUUGCAAGGAACAUUGUGUCCAUCUACUUGGACGCUUACACAUUGACUGAUCGAACGACUCGAAUGAGUUUCGAACGCAUGCUGCAAACCUGGAAAAACGGCAUGCCCAACGGUGCCCCUGUCUUUGCAAGGCAUGUCAUUGAGCAGAUUGAACGAGCCGUCAAUUAUAUCCGCGAGCAACAACAUCAGCAAGGUUCCCCUCGUCGUUAUCCUACAGCAUCCCCCAUGGCCACCAUGUCCCCUCGCAAUUCGCAAAUCCACGUGAAUCCCAACUUUGUAACAAAGGUACGUCCCCCGCGUGCUCGACAUGAAUCACCACAACGAAAGGAUCCCACGCCUUCAGCAUCGCAAGUAAGUCGAGGAAAAGAAACUUUUUUUCCUGCUUCUCCUGCUCAACCCGAUCUGUCGAAUCCAAUGAUAUCUCAACUUCAAUCCAUGCUCACUGCACAACAAGCGGGCGCGCCCAAUUCCGGUACCCCUGCCGCUGAUGCAUUCACCCAGAUCUUAAAUCAGAUUCAAGCUCUAUUACCCACUCUUCCGCCUGCACAAGCCUCUCCUAUACAGCAAUAUUUGGCACAGAUCAUUGCUGCUACGCCUUCGGCAGCCACGGUGGCGUCAACACCUGUCGCAUCUGCAACGCCUUCUGUGGUAGCCUCGGCAAUAUCAACCCCACCGGUACAGUAUUCCCAAGUCGUUGCCUCACCAGCCAUGGUUCAUAUCGCACAAGCGCCACAUUCAGCAACACCCACCCUGCCAGCAGCGUCCGCCCCCGUCAACACAAAUGAACUUUUAAAAAGUCUUGCUUCCAUGGGCUACCUGAGCCCAACACCGGCCACGCCUCCUUCCGUCAAAUCCACCCCCAAUGUGGCUAAUAAUAUAAGCUCUAUCCGUCUCGACAGCAAGGAUCUACAAAUUCCAAGACCAGGAGCAAUUGAGGUACUCUAUGGCCAACUUCCUCUUCAAUGCAAACAGUGCGGAUUUCGGUACCCCAAAACUGAAGAGGGCCAGGCUAAAAUGGAUGCUCACUUGGAUUUCCACUUCCGGCAAAAUCGAAGAAUGAAGGAAAGGGUCAAACGAGGCCUGUCAAGGUCCUGGUUUGUCACUGAAGCAGAAUGGAUCAGUGGUUCCGAAGGCGAAGUAACCAGUCAUCAAGCCCCAGCGUUUAUGAAUGACCACGGAACUCGUUCAGGAAAUACCACCGAAAAAUCAUCCGCUCAUCCUGGAGAUGAAGCAAUCAAUCCUGAUGAUUAUAUGGUGGUGAUGCCCGAAGGUGAACGAAAACCUUGUCCGAUCUGCGGUGAAAAGUUUGUCGACACGUGGAAUGACGAUGAAGAAGAAUGGAUGUAUAAAAAUGCUGUUAUAAUAGAUAAUACGAUAUAUCAUGCCACAUGCCAUGCCGAUGCUGUGAAAAGUGGUACGCUGGUCGCAGACAAUGCAGCAGCAGACGUGGAUCAAAUCAUGGCGGAUGUGGGUACAAGCGGUGAAAAGCGCAAACUCGAAGAUGAGGUAAGAAAAGAAAACCCGUAAAUGAUUUUCUCUGAAGUGUUUGUUUUUAUUGACUGUUAUGCUAUAGAUGGAAGUCGCCGUGGAUGCUAAAAUGCCUCGCAUGGAACAUGUAGUCAAAUAAAUAAAUUCUGUACAGAGAGCGAGACAGAGAGAGAGAGAGGAAAAAGUGUUGCGGAACAAAAAGGUGUUCCAGAAGAACAAAAAGAUGAGAGUAAUGCCAUGGUUUUUCGUGCACGAUUGAUGCAGUAAAAGGGGUCGUCAAAAAAUAUCUUAAGUGCUUUUUUCCUCGGUUCAUUCUUUACAAUAAAAAAUCGGUCUUUUAUAACCUAAGUACGAA